GUAAGAAGCUCACAUGCGCGAUCCUGACCUAACCGAAAGCAGCAGGAUUUAUCAUUUCACGAUGAAGCACGUGUUUCUGACUGGAGUUCCUGGUGUGGGUAAGACCACUCUGGUGAAGAAGGUGUGUGAUGCCCUGUCGGGUCUGUCGGUCAGUGGUUUCUACACUGAGGAGGUGCGCGAGCACGGCAGGAGAGUGGGAUUUGAUGUGGUGACGGUCAGCGGAGAUCGAGGACGUCUGUCAAGGGUCAGCUCUGGAUCUGCCACUGGUGGACGUGAAUACAGAGUCGGGCAGUAUGUGGUGGAUCUUCAGUCCUUUGAGAGUCUUGCCCUUCCUCUUUUCAGAAACAUGCAGGAGGGAAGUGGAAAGCAGCUGUUUGUGAUGGACGAGGUGGGGAAGAUGGAGUUGUUCAGCCAGCCUUUUAUCCGAGCCGUGAGACAGAUUCUGGAGAAGUCCUGCUGCUCAGUCCUCGGCACAAUCCCUGUUCCUAAAGGAAAACCACUGGCACUGGUGGAGGAGCUGCGCAGCAGAGCAGACGUCAAGAUAUUCAUGGUAACGAAGGAAAACCGAGACGUGAUUUUUGACGACAUUGUGUCUGCAGUACGAGAGUGCCUGAAGUAAAUGAGGAGCAGUAUCAUACACGAUAGUAACUAAUAGUAUAUACCUCUUUUUUAUAACUAAAAAAAUCAUUUAACAAUAAUACUGUAAUGAUGCAAUUUUAUUUUAAU